AUGGGUUCACACCCACAAGGCCGCCUUUUUCGGUUUAAGGGAAAUGAUACUCAAUACCUCGAGUAUCUCGAACGAGAGCUUCUUCAGGCUCAAAAGUACAUCACAUUAAUCUGUCCCAGUUCUAAUUAUUCGGGGUCUCCCGGCGGGCUUAGGCCUUCUCUAGCAGGCGAUGGUAUUCGCGUUGCAGGGAAGUCCGGAUCCCAAGGCCAGCUGGGACCUGUUGCUCUUGAACCCGCUUCACCCAUUUCUCCCCCAGCGCAAGUUGAAAAAACAACGGACAAUACCACUUGUUUCACUGGCAAUUCUAACUCCAAAGUCGAGUUGGAGUUUAUACCCUUUAACCCUGUUAACCCUUCCGUCUCUCCCCCGACGCAAGAUAGCGGUAGGUGGAAAACAGAACUAAAUGACCUCUUGUCGAAUAUCCAAGAAGCAAGAGAUUGGGGCGCACCCGUCCCUCCGGAAGAGAUAGAUGGGUUACUCCUUCGAUACAAGGUUCAAUUCAAUAGUGAAAGCGAUGGAGUUUACGACAACGAUAAAGGGGAUAAAGGAUACGAUGAACCCAUCCCCACGAGCACCGAUGUGGCACCUGAAUUUUAUUCGUGGUAUAAAAGCUAUUAUGCCUAUGCUGCCCAUACAUCCAGAGCGUUAAAGAGCCACUCCGGGGCAGGAAGUCGAUUGGCGUUUCGUGUCGUUAUUGUGAGCUUAAUGUGCAUCGUUCUGUUGGAUGUUGGCGUUUCUCUUGAUACAGUGAAUUCGAUUUUAAGUUCCUGCUUUCCCAACCCCGAGAAAAUGACCAAAAACACUCUCAGGGAAUAUCGGAGAGGAGCACGGUGGGUCAAUUCACGUGUACUUCAACUCAUUGAGGAGGGAUGGUCAAAUAGAAGCGCAGAGCUCUUCUUCCGAUAUGGGCGGAGUAUCUGCCAGUAUAAACAAAUAUGCGGAAAUAAGAAGAGUGAGAUACUGUUCAUCACGGAAUUAAGAAAAAAGGGGAAACCCGUGCCGCCGCUGGAGGGUGACCAGAUGCCCAUCUCUAUUCCUUGUAUCAUUAAGCGCUAUAUUGGAAAAUACGUCUCGCUAGAGAGGAUCUGUGAAGUACUCUCCUAUAAAAACCUUUCUUAUAAUUAUGAAUACACUGCCUGGAUAUACAGCCGGUUUUAUUCUCCUGAUUCUGACAAGACAACCUACCCCAGUCCUCCGCCAAUAAGCCUUAAUGAUGACGAUACUGGGGAGGUUAAGAGUGCCACAGAGACCCAGAGUUCGUUGAUGCUGCCAUCAGGCAGAUCUGAAGGCGACAUCAGUGACUACAGACCUUACACCGAAGGUGACCUAGAUGAUAGUGAAACUACCUCCACCCCUCACCCUAAAACGAAUCAGAGGACAGAUAAUCCCCAGAUGCCCGCGGAUGCCGCAGAAACUCGCACGAAACAGACGAACAAGCGACCCUACCUGGCAGGGAGCGAUAGUCGAGAUUCACAGCGAAGGAGAUUGAGCAGCGAGAUAGAAGGCAUUCCUCGGGGUUCAUCACACUCAGUUACUGAAGGGGCGACUGAAUCUAGAGAGCAACCGUUCCUCGAGAAUCAACCAUCGCAACCAGAUAAUGGUGCCUGGCGGUUUCCUUGGGUAAAUAAUGCUACCUUGUCGAACACUGCGCAACUGCCUACGGAGACAUUGUUUGAGUUGGAUCCAAACUUUGUGAUAGACUCCUUAGAUACAGUGUCCCUGUAUCAGUCGCCUCAUACAACAACAAUUCGAGAAAAUACGGAUACAAGUAUUGAAUAUUAUCAAGUUGAACCAAAUGCUCUACCACCAUACGAUCUCAGUAUCAGAUAUUUUCAGCUCUUUGACUAUCUUGCUUGGCCUUUGACCGCAUAG